AUGGCCAUCAGAAAGGCAUUCUUCUCCCUCCUCUCACGAACUCCUCUCCUGAAUCAGAUCCAGCAAGCUGCAGCUCACCAGUCCGGCAAAGACUCACACCAAGAACAAGGGACAUGGUUCCGCGAACUCGAAAAGAAAGACGGCCUCGACGCACAAUGCCAAUGGAUCCGCGAACACAAAGCCGUCAUGCGUGAGGGCAAGCAACUCGUCCAGCGCGAAAUGCACAUCAGCGCCCAACUAGCCUACAUCCAAAACACCGCCGACGAGAAACUUCUCCUCGACCCUUCUACCCAGGACCAGAUUCUCAAAUACGAAGCCGAGCUAAAACAGAUCAACCAGGAGUACCUCCAGUACUGCCAGCGUAUUGCCGAACUGGAGAGUUACAAACCACCGGGCCGCCUGGCGGGACACCAUCUCGACCUACAUGGGCAACAGGCCAGUCCGGAAGUGUGGAAGGCGGGACAAGAUCGGUGUCGCCGUCGGGGAGGAUGCUGUGGGCGGGACUGUGGUUGUUGUGAACGGAAUCUGCGGAUUGUUCGCGAUCGAGCGGUGGGCAUGCAGUACAUCCAUUGCCGUCGGGGAUGUGGCUGUUGCAAGCGUCAUCGGGGAGAGUCGCGUGCGUUGCGUCUGGAGCGACAACUUACGCCGGAUGGAUACGUGCCGUGA